AAAGAAAGCCAAAACUACAGUUCUUUCAAUGAAGCUCCCAGCUUUUUCUUCUUCUCCUCCUCCAGUACAUUAUUGUUUUCUGCCUUCAACGACUUUUAAGUCACUUGUCCGUUUGACAGUACUAUUACUAGUUGUUUCCAGCAACAAAACAAAGGGUGCUGUGGAACUUCCACCAAAUGUCUCGGUUCCAGCAGUGUUGGUAUUUGGAGAUUCGAUCAUGGACACUGGCAACAACAACAACAACUUGAUAACAUCAGCUCGGUGCAACUUCUCACCAUAUGGCCAAGAUUUUAUGGGAGGGAUCCCUACUGGCCGAUUUUGCAAUGGAAAGGUUCCAUCAGACAUUCUAGUUGAAGAAUUAGGCAUAAAAGAGUUUCUACCCGCAUACUUGGAUCCAAAUCUGCAGCUUAGUGAAUUAGCCACCGGUGUGUGCUUUGCAUCGGGUGGUUCCGGAUACGAUCCUUUGACAUCACAAACCGCGACAGCUAUACCAUUAUCCGGUCAACUAGACAUGUUCAAAGAAUACAUAGUGAAGCUAAAAGGACACGUUGGAGAGGACAGAACAAACUUUAUCCUAGCCAACGCUCUUUUCUUUGUCGUUUUAGGCAGCAAUGACAUUUCCAACACAUACUUUUUGAGCCAUCUCAGAGAACUGCAGUAUGAUGUUCCCACUUACUCUGAUUUCAUGCUUAACUUAGCUUCUAAUUUCUUCAAGGAAAUAUAUCAACUAGGUGCGCGGAGGAUUGCAGUACUCAGUGCACCGCCAGUUGGGUGUGUACCGUUUCACAGAACAUUGAGUGGUGGAAUAGCAAGGAAAUGUGUACAAAAGUACAACAAUGCAGUGGUGUUAUUUAACGACAAAUUGUUGAAGGAGAUAAAUUCCCUUAAUCAGAACCUUCCAAACAGCAGGAUUGUUUACUUAGAUGUGUACAACCCUUUGCUUGAUAUCAUUGUAAACCACCAAAAAUAUGGUUACAAAGUCGGGGACAGAGGGUGUUGUGGCACAGGCAAUCUAGAGGUUGCAUUGACAUGCAACCAUUUGGAUGCCACAUGUUCUAACGUUUUGGAUUAUGUGUUUUGGGAUGGUUUUCACCCUAGUGAAAGCGUUUACAAAAAGCUUGUGCCCGCUGUUCUACAGAAAUAUAUAUACCAGUUUGCCUGAGCAAUUUAUCUAUUUCCUUUUUACAGAAAUCUACCUCUGAUUUUUUAUGUAAGUUCGGGCUUCAUUAAUUCUCAGCCACGUUGCUACCAAAUAAUUAGUUAGCUAUAUAUGAAAGCUAAAUAUUCAUGCAUACAAUUUCUAGAGGAUUGUGGCUUUUUCAGACAAUUGUAGCAGAAAGAAGUGCCUUUUAGAUGCAUUUUCUUUGAAGGUGUAUCUCAAACUGAUCGAAUUCCUUCACUAGCAAAUCUGGCCAGGAGAGGGAUCAUUCACCCUUUGGAAUAUUCCGAUCGUCCAACAUGCAACAUUUUAUAUAUUUUGAGUGCAUAGCUUGCUCAAAUGUAUGGAAGCUAAAUUGGAUUGCCAUUUUCUCAGCUUUGCGUAAUGAUUACAAGGUCCAUUAUCUUCAAUUUCUCGCUUAUUACCUAGUUGUUGUUCAGUCUUGACUCAGUAGUAUGAAAUAAAAUUAUUUUGUAAUGAAAAAAGAUCCGAGAUAGAGGAAAUAGUUGAUUCAUGUUUAUGAUAUGCUAUCUUGCUUUUAAAUUUGAUGUGGUAUUUUUUAUUCAAUCAUAUUUUAAGGGGUCAUGUAAAUUUGAUUCGAGUUUAUGAUUUGGUGGUAUCUUGCAUAUGCUGCGGAUUGACAUUUAGUGCAAAUGUUUUGUGCUUCUAGUUGUCACAUGAUUCUGUUAUGGUGGCAUAUAUUUAAAGUGGGUCUCUUUGUAUUUGUCUUGUUUAAUUUUGCGGACCAUACUUGUCCAGGUUGUCAUUUUCUAAUGCACGAGGAAUGUUUUGGCUGAA